GCUGCUUCUCAACCGGUCAGAUCUGUUCUAAUUGGUUCAUGGGUACUUCGUGUCAGGGGUUGUAUUCGUUACUCAGUACCGAAUACAUACGAGUGCCUCAUCAUUUCUCAAGUAUCAAGUAUGGAGUCGGCUUUUAAAAAACAACCCAGCGGGUUUGCUACUAAGGCAAUUCAUUCGGGGCAAAGUCCGUCGCAAUGGAGUAGCAGGUGCAUUGUACCUCCUAUCAGCCUAAGUACAACAUUUAAACAAAAAGGUCCUGGAGAACACGAGGGAUAUGAAUACUCCAGAAGCGGAAAUCCAACACGCAAUGUCUUGGAAAGUUGUUUGGCAGCUUUAGAAGGGGGCAAAUAUGGUCUAACAUUUUCAUCUGGACUUGGUGCAGCAAUGACGGUGUUCUCAAUGCUGUCCAACGGCGAUCAUAUAGUUGUAGGUGAUGAUGUCUAUGGAGGAACAGGACGUUUAUUGAGGUAAACUUGUUGAAAAAAACAACAAACAUUUUUCGGG